AUGAGCUUCGCAAUACAGGAUACCACAGCCCCCACAGAUCUAGCAUCGCUGGAGCGGUUUCCACCAGAAAUCUUGGAGAUAAUCGUCAGCAGUGUUUCGAGUCUUGAAGCGUUGUGGGAUCUGCUGCGAGCGUCGCCCAAUUGCUGGCGCGUCUUUGCCAUCCGCUACGCUUCGAUUACAGAAACCGUACUUUCAGGACCACACUCGACUACGCCGGUAUCUGUCAGUAAGCUUAUCCGAGCAGUGGCACUUGUGCGAGCGCGGAACUUUCCCUUUGCGAAUCUGAGAGGUUUCCGGAAAGACUUUUUGGUACACAUAACCCGCCAUGAUAUACAGAAUAGAUAUUUCUUGAAUGCUGGGCCGUGCACAAUCUUCGGCCCAAACUCUUUACCAAACUCGCGCGAUGUGAUAACUUCUGUCGUGGCGACAGCCUACCACAUCUCGGCUUUGGCGCAAUCUUUGCUAUCAUCUUGGCUUCAGCGACUGGAAAGAUCAAGCUUCACACGUUUCCCCCCCGACCCUGAACCUAUACCUGAAUACGAGGUUGAAUUUCUUCACGGUAUGGGCCAGCCGACAUAUAUCGAAGAAAUGAGAGCUGUCCGGGCUUUGUGGAUUAUACAGCUCGUAGGAGAAGUUAAGGCUAUGGUCCGCAGUAGGCCAAAUAUAGUCCGCUGGUCCAACGUUGACAGUUCCUUGUUGUCUCGAUUGAACACGGUAUCUAUCUUGCCUUACCGUGGUUACGGAAACUCCGUUGAAGUAGAAGUAUACGUCAUGGUGAAGCAUCUGCCAGCCUGCUACAAGAACGACACCGUCUUCCGACUGCCACAAGCCCCCGCGCCUUCACAAUAUAAUCGUUGGGCAACGAUGCAUCCGAGGGCGACGAUGGCUCAACUAGAGGACAGGGAAUGUAGGCUGGACGAUGCAUCAUAUGCUCGUUUCUUGAUCGCAGACAGAUAUAGCAAAAUCUUUGACCUACCACCCCGGUUAGGCUUCCCUUUUUGGGAUUAUUCGAGGAUGUGUUCUUUGGGCUUGACAUCUCCAACCACUUGUAGAUACCCUGGCUACUUUGGUUGGGCUCCCCGACCGAUUUUACCAAAUUCUUCUACUUCAACCCUCAACCGAUCUCUGAAACCACCUUCGCAACAAGGAGGUACGACUACGGUGAUGGUUUUCUAA